GUGUAGUUCCUGAGUCGGGAAUAGUUACUCGAUUUCUCAGGCUCCCUCUGAACAUUGUCGGGGAUACCGUCCGUUUUCUUGUCGGUUAAUCUUUAUUCGCAGCGGUAGGCGCAAUGUCGUUCUCAUGGCCGUGGCAUUUCAUCACCCUCUCCGACGCCGAGAAGCAGCAACGUCGCGAGCUUCUGGAUCUACGUGGGUUCUACGCUCAAUGCUCCGUGUUGGUUGCUCUUGUUCUAGUCCGGCCGACUGAGAGGCGCUCACGGCGCAAGAACCUGGAAAGAUCCUGGUUAGACUCGCCGCCAUUUGCUGGUUGGAUGGAGACCCGAAGACAGUACAUCGUUUGUCUAAUCUGGCUCGGCUGGCUUCUGGGCCUCUCGGUAUGGAAUUCCGGUGAAGAUUACCUCCACUUCACCAAAGCUCUCGCACAUGUCAGCCUUUCCCAACUCCCCUUGCAGGUGCUCAUGUCACCGGCCUUGUACUUGAGCGCAUCGCCAGGUUCGCCGUCCGUCAUGUCGGUUCUAACCUCCGUUCCGCAACCCACCAUCAAUGCUUAUCAUCGUUUAUUUGGUCGAUUGGUCCUCUCGCCAUUGCUCAUCGCCCAUGCCUUCUUGUACGACUCGUUCUUUCUCCAGUCGAGCCACCCGGACUUCGGCUCUCUCUUUGCGAAGCGCAUUCGGGAUACUGACGUCCAGUGGGGUAUUGCUGCAGUCACCAUGGCUGUUGCGGCCGCUUUGUUCGCUCGUCCCGCCAAGAUGCCUCGCUGGGUACGUUGGUUGAAACCGUCUUCCGCAAAAACUAGACAGCAGAUCUUCUAUAUUGGGCAUGUGUCGAUUGUGGGAGCGUUGGAACUUGCGGCAUUCUCUCAUGUUUCAGUGGCACGGGUCUAUAUCCUCGAGUCCUUAAUGAGCUCUGUCAUUAAUUUUGGAUGUUGCUGGUUGAUGCAGUAGAUGGGGUUCGGUACUGGUGCUGGUGCAUUGAUUGCGGAUGAUCUUUGGCAAGGGUAGAUUGUGAAGCUCCUUAAAGAGUAGUUUGCAGCUCUCUAGCGUGGAGUUGGUUAAAAUGAUUUUUCUCUAGACAAGUCCGGCAAUAGUAUAGACUAGGAGGAUAGUAUGAAUCUAUACAUCCGAAUGAACUGUAGUG